AUGCAACAUACAUUCAUUAUCUAUCUAUCUAUCUAUCUAUCUAUCUAUCUAUCUAUCUAUCUAUCUGAUCAUAACUAUCUAUCGAUCUCUCUCUCUGAUCAUAACUAUCUAUCUAUCUAUCUCAAUUAUUCGUAUCUAUCUGCCUGUUUAUAUCUGUCUGUUCAUAUCUAUCUAUCUGUCUAUCUAUCUGAUCAUAACUAUCUAUGGAUCUCUCUCUAUCUGAUCAUAACUAUCUAUCUAUCUAUCUCAAUUAGUUCGUAUCUAUCUGCCUGUUUAUAUCUGUCUGUUCAUAUCUAUCUAUCUAUCUAUCUACAUGAUCAUAACUAUCUAUCUAUCGAUCUCUCUCUCUGUCUCACUCUAUCUAUCUAUCUAUCUAUCUAUCUAUCUAUCUAUCUAUCUAUCUAUCUGAUCAUAACUACCUAUCUAUCUAUCUCCGUCUGUUCGUAUCUAUCUAUCUAUCUAUCUAUCUUUUCAUCGACUUUCUCAGCAAUUGAUUUUUCUCUCUACUCAUUCCCACCUCCUCCUCUUCCUCAUCAUCAUCAUCAUCAUCAUCGUCAUCCUCAUCAUCCUAAUCAUCAUCAGCAUCAUCCACUGUUUAUUUCCUGUUUGUUCGAACAUCCUCCUUUGCAUUUCUAA